AUGAACAGAAGUAUUUUUGCAAGGCAGCCAGCACAUAUUCUUCUUGUGGAUUUCUCUCCACCAUUUGAUAUAGACAUAUGUCACAAUUUACACCAGUCUCUGGAGAAUUUGUUCUCUCUGGUUUGUAAUCUUGGUGGACCAUGUCGCACGCCAAUCUUUGGUCUCUUUGCUCUGGGAAGUUAUCCAGAGUGCCUUUUCCCACUUCAGCAUGUAAGAGGUAAUUAUCCAAAAGUGUACAGUGCAAUUAUUGAGUUGAAGAAUUAUUUGUCAGAUGGUACAUUGUCAGCUAAAAACUGUAGCUGUGUAACUCAGGGAUUACAAGAAGCUCUUGGCCAGUUCAAACGACAAGCCAAUACAUUCAGACAGAUGACUGGUUUUAGUAAUCAGCUAGAAGUAACUAUCAUUACCGCACAUCAAGCAACUGUUAUUUGUCAACAAGUAGAAAAAAUGACUAGUAAUAUAGAUCUAGAAAAUGUAAAGAAAAUUCAAAUUGUAUCGGUGACUAACCCAGAUAAGUUAGUCUUUGCUGAAGAUGAUUUUGAAAGUACUUGCAGUCAAGGCAGUAAAAGUAGCAGCACUAAUACUACAUGUUCUACAGAUAAUGCAGUUCUGCUAACCUGUGGUAUAGUAGAUGUAUUAGACAUUGAAAAUGAUGAGUUAAGUCUGCAGAACUUCUUCAAAAGUUGGCUUCAUGACUGUGGUACUGACAGAGAACAUCUCCAUAUAUUACUACCUCCAGCCAAGAAUACAACCACUGAUGCUGGUCAGCAAAAACAGAACAUAAUUUUGAAAUGUGACUUGCAUGAACGGCUCCUCAAUCCUUCCCAGCUUCCCUUCCAGGCUCAGUAUUGUUUACAAACAGAUGCGGUUAAUGCUAAACCAAUACUAGCAUCAACAGUUAACAAAGGAAACUCUCCUUUGGUGACUAUUAACCGAUUGAAAGCCAGCAAACUAAUAAAAGCAGACAGUGUAUGUGAAUCAGUGUUAUAUGGUGUGCCAUUGAUGGUUAGACCUACUGCUUGCUGGAAAUUAGACUGGGAAGAACUAGAUACUAAUCAACAAAAUUUUCAGGCAUUCUGUCAUCUCCUGCAAGAAAAGGAAUUUUUCCUGUUAGCGGUACUAGAUAUUGAAGAUGCAAGUAUCAACAAACAUAAUCCAUUCAAUUAUCAAGCUGAGCCACCUAAACCAUGUGGUUAUUUCUUAUUGAUGCCUUCACAAAGUACAACAUUGUUGAUUAAAUCAAUUGCCGUAAACGAGUUAAUGCUACCAUGCGAUUUUCAAAUACCCACAGAAAGACCUGUGAGUGAUACCAUGGAGAUGUUAUCAGAUUCCCUUGGCCAGUUGGAAGUAGAAGAAUCUUUCAAUCCAUUACUUGUGAAAUCUUUCUUGUAUAGAAGUCUCAGCAGUUCAUUACUGAAGAAUUCAACUCCUAGACAGCAGAAAAGGAAAAACUUUUCAAAUCACUCCCUGAAUUCCAAAACACAGAAUACGUACCAUUCUACAAGAGGAAGGGGACAGGGCAGAGGAUCAAUCAGGUCACAAUACCCGCCGGUAACUUGUCAACCAAAAUGCCGCCCGGUAGCUCAAGUGCCCAGUCAGCAGAAAAGGUACUGCCCUCCCCCACCACCUACUGCUCAGGAUGUCUAUACAUUUGAAGAUUUUCCCAAUGAAUUGUAG